UUUAGGCCUGUCGAAAUACCAGCAGCCAAGCUGCUAAUACCUCAACUAUACACGCACGUCGUGCACAGAUGGUAAAAGAGGAGCUUUGAGUGGGGCGGGGAUUUGCAUUAAAGCCAACAGGACUGAGCGAGCCUUCGUGGAACGCCAAACGCUUUUCAACCUUGACCAGGGCUGGAAACGUUAAGAGGGAGAUUGUUGGAAUAACAAAAGGCCACGAUGGGACAUUCCACCAUGCCGCUCACAUUUACAUACCAGUGUGCCAACAGGGAUCAACACAAAAGCGCUCGUCUACAACCCUCCACGCCAAACGAGAACCUGAACAACGCAUUGGGUGCCAUCAGGGUGCUGGGUUUCGAGCGGAUCGAAGCUGAGCUGAAGCCUCACUUGCGCACAGUGCUGGUGAACAUCCAGGAGAGGAACAAAGGCGCCGCCGAGCAAGUUGUGAUCAGCGGGAUUCUUCCGGUUUUGGCGCUGUUGCUGAGGGAAAGAGGGCCCCUGGCGCUGCUAACCGCGCAACUGCUAGCUGAACUUGCCAAGGAAUCGGUGAUACGGAAAGGUUUUGGAGAUGCCGGUCUGGUUACGGCUCUGCUGUCUGUGCUGACCAAUCCGGACCAGGAUCUGCUGAGGCAUGCGGUCCAGGCCAUCACUCGCAUGUCUUUUGACAGCUGUAAGCAUCAGAAACUGUUACUGAGCAAAGGGGCGGUACCUCGUCUGGUCGCUGUCCUCCUGCGAUUCCCCGGCAACGAGGCCUUAGAGGAGGUAUGCCUCCGGGCCCUGUGCAACCUCAGCGGCAUGAGCAUAGCAGAGGAGGCCAGUGUUGUGUGGGAGAGAAGCACACCAGCCCAGCCACAGGAAUGCAUCUUUCGUGGCGUGGCACCACCACACAAGUGCGGCUUCGUGACCUCGGUGACCGUGGUGCGUGUGUGUCAAUGGGCGCCGGGGCAGUACGCCAUCGGCGUGGAGCUGGUGCAACGUUGUUCCGCCUCCUUCUUGAACGUUCACAAAAACAAGAAGCCCACUCGAUGGCUCCCUUUCUUCAUCUUCGGGAGAUGUUCCAAAAUGGCAAACAGGAACAGUCUGAGACGGUCCAGUCUGAAGACACUAGUCUUCCACACCUUCCUCUAGAUUUGAACUUUGAGGUAUUUUUUUUGCUCAGAUUGGGUUGAUGCGGAAACAAAAUGGACUUUUACAACAGUUUACAAUCAUGUAAAGGCAGCUUAUACUAAGUAGUAGCCCACAUUGUUUUUAUAGGUUUCAAAAAAUUAAGAAUCCCUUUAUUAUACGAAUAGUUCUUUUUUUUUUUUUAAAGUGCAUGUGUCAAAGGUAGGAAAUGUGGAUUAUUUUAUUCAGAAAAUCUUCAUAUCAGAAAAGCCUUAAGAUUUAUGGAUGGAAUGAAAGAAGAGGAUUCACAGGAUAGGGGGAGAUGGAAACUGUGGCCGAAAGGAAAAGAAGAAGAAGAAUAUAACUGUACAUAAACUACAAUAAUAAUUUGAAGAACCAAAUAUGUAAGAACUGAGUGUCAUCCUAGCUGUAGGCUCAGAGAUUUUCUAAGACAAGUUUAUAUUUUACAAAUUUGUUGUAGAAUUAGAAUUUAUUAAGGUGCAUGUCACGAUUCUUAGUUAAAUGUAGUUAUUUUAUUGCGAAAAGUCGAAUCAAGACAAUUUCACAUGCAGUGCAAUAUUUAACCCGAGGAGGGCGCCAAAACAACGUUUUUUGCCCAAAAGGCAUUAUAUCGUCUUUCCUGGUGAUGCGCUAAAGUCGGAUGAAAACAGUCAAAUGCUGUCAAGGAAAGAGGAAGGCAGUCAACUUUGUUUGCUUUUCUGCCGUUUCCUCCUCGUCAUGUCCCAGUUCGACCAUUACUGCUUUUGGCUAGACUUGCAGUCAGUCAGCAUCAUGAUGCAAGCGGACUCUUUUUUCACAAAUCUAUUGA